AAGCGCAACCACGGCGCCAUGGCCUCCAGCUGCGUUCGGACGUUGCCGUGGAGCCGCAGCUCAGCCCCUUGGAUGCUCAGGCUCAGGCCCAGGCCCAGGCUUUACAGCUCAGCCCCUUGUGUGCCCGGGCCCAGGCUACCCAGGCUUUACAGCUCAGCCCCUUGGGUGCUCGGGCCCAGGCCCAGGCUUUACAGCUCAGCCCCUUGGGUGCUCAGGCCCAGGCUUUACAACGACAAAGCGACACACAGAGAUGUUUCCUCCCAGCCGACCCGGGGCAUGAUCUACACCGAGGAGCAUUGCAAUUUAAGAGAGUCGCUUAAUAAGAUAAUUGAGAAGAAAAUCAAUCCCUUUGUUGACAAAUGGGAAGAAGCAGGAAUAUUCCCAGCCCAUCGUAUUUUCAAAAUUCUUGGAGAUGCUGGAUUCCUCGGUGUUAACAGACCAAAAGAAUAUGGGGGCCUUGGUUUGGAUUUCAGCUACAAUAUUGCAGUGGCAGAAGAGCUGGGAAACAUCCGGUGUGGCGGAAUUCCCAUGGCUAUUGGCGUCCAGACUGAUAUGGCAACACCAGCUUUAGCCAGAUUUGGCUCAGAAGAAUUGAAACGACAAUUUCUUCAACCUACCAUUGCUGGAGACAUGAUAGCCUGUUUGGGCGUCAGUGAAGUUGGAGCUGGAUCUGACGUUGCAAAUAUCAAGACAAAAGCUGUCAAGGAUGGGGAUGACUAUAUAAUAAAUGGAGGAAAAAUGUGGAUAACUAAUGGUUGUCAAGCUGACUGGAUGUGUCUUCUAGCAAACACCAGUAAAGGGCCUCUUCACAAAAGCCAAUCUCUCAUAUGUCUACCCAUGAAAUUACCAGGAAUUAAUGCGACUAGGAAGAUCGAUAAGUUGGGCAUGAGAUCAUCUGAUACAGCAGAGGUGUUUUUUGAAGACGUCAGGGUUCCAACAAAAUAUCUCAUUGGAGACGAAGGAAAGGGUUUCACCUACCAGAUGUUGCAAUUCCAAGAAGAACGAAUGUGGGUAGUUGCAGGAGCUUUGGCUCCAAUGCAGAACGUCGUACAGGAAACAAUUGAAUAUACACGACAACGUAAAAUUUUUGACCAACCUGUGUUGCAUAACCAGACAGUGCACUAUCGCCUUGCUGAACUUGAGACCGAAAUUGAACUUCUUCGUUCCCUUCUUUAUCGUUCUGUUGCUCAAUAUAUUCAAGGAGACGAUGUAACCAAAUUAGCCUCAAUGGCAAAGUUGAAAGCAGGCCGCCUAAUUCGUGAGGUUGCUGAUAGUUGUCUCCAGUUCUGGGGAGGAAUGGGUUUUACUAAUGAAGUGUUGGUCAGCAGACUGUAUAGGGAUAUGAGAUUGAUGUCAAUUGCAGGAGGUGCCGAUGAAGUUAUGUUGUCUAUCAUAUGCAAAUAUAUGGGAACCUUUCCUGAAAAGAAAUAAUCAGUGAAAACAAUAGCUAAAUUAACACUGGGACAUGAAAACAAAAUUUGAUUGCAUUAAUUAUUUUUCGUAUUCUGUGACAUUUCAUGAUUUCAUGAAACAUUUACGAAACAAAUAUAUAGUAAUGUUUGUAAAUUCUGUACUGUAUGAUACACAGUCUUUUCUAUAAUGAUGUUGCCUUCGUCAUGAAAUAUCAUUUUCACUUGUAUUAAAUUUUGCAAGACAAAAAGGAAUAAUAAUAAUUUUUAUCUGGCUUAACUUCAAACUUGCAGAGGAAGAAGCAUAACUUCCUUUUCAAAGUACUUAUACCUGAGUGUCAAUAUGAAGUAGUAUGUUAUACCAAAAGUGAGAGAUUGUAAUGAGAUGAAUCAUUAGGACUAUUUCAACUCGCAUAAUAAAGCCUAAAGUAAUUUCAUGGAUUUUUUAUGUAGGCUUUAGACAGAAUGGAAUAAAAAGAGUCAUUUGUAGAAGUCUUCAGUUUAAAUUUCUGACUGGUUAAAUUGAGAGAGAGAGAGAAGCCACAGUCCAGAUAAAUACAUGAUUAUUGAAUCUGAACAAAUUUGAGCUAUUUGAAUAUACUUUAAAUUCUCCCAGCUAAGAGCUGGCACAGCCGAAAGUGCCUUAAACUUCACAUUUUACCUUGUUUGAAAAAAAAACAAACGUUUUUGCUUGCUUCAGUUUGGGAUUCUCCUUAAGCUCAAAGGAAUUUAUUACAAGAGUGUAAUGUUGGAGAAUGACUCCAUUCAGUUUGUGAAAGUUAUCGCUCAAAAUGGCUGCCGUCCAAUCUGGGACAAGAUCCUGUACCCUGAAGGAGAGUAGGUAGCUAACCAAGCAAUUCCAGUGCAGGGCCAAAAUUCUGAUCGCACAUCGAAUGAUUAGAGUAUUUCCGAGCCUUAAAUAAUGUUAAAUGCCAAAGCAGGAAUGGCAGUUUGUGAUCAGGGAUCUUUGUGAAGCUAGAAAAUAGCAUAUACUUCUCAAUGUAUUAAGAUCAUUCUUAAGGGAAAGUUUUUUGGUGAAAAGAUUUAACACCAAGUAUUCAGAAGGUUCAAUGUGGUGGUCAUGCUGAAAUCCACUAUUCAAAUGUAAAAAUCACAAAUCUGUCAUUCAGAUUUUGGGAAUGUGAUUGAAAUAUUUUGUGGCUGGGUUUGUAAUGAUUUGGCAAACUGUUGGAUGGGAAGAAUAUGACUGAAUGUAAACCAUGGGUAAAAUGUACAUUUUUUUGAGCUGCAAGGAAAAAACUUUGCAAGCUCUCUCCUAUGCAAUACUGAAGGCAAAAGUUGAAUGUUUCCUACUGGGUUGUUUAGGUCAAUACAGUGGGCCUAAGGGCUUGUUUUCUGUGCUGUAUCUCUAACCCAAACUAAAUAAAGAGAAUGUGGAAACUGCACAGACAGUGCCAGAGGUGAGAAUUGAACCCAGAUAUAAAAUUCUGUGACUAUACCUGGUGUCAUUUUUUGAACCUGCAGCUGUUGGAAAUCUAAAAUAAAACCAGAAAAUGCUGGAAGGUUUCAGCAAGUCAGGCUGCAUCUGUAGGAAGAGUAACAGUUAAUAUUUCAGAUCAAAUAUAUAAUUGUUUUUGAGCAAAAUGCUUGCAAUGUGGAAUUAGGAUGUACUCUUUGCAAUGGUAUGGAUUCAAAUACACUAUUAAAGCUUGUAAUAUAUAAUAGCCUGAUCAAAUUUGGAAUAUUAUCAGUUUAUUGCUUGACAAAACAUACCAGCUCAUAAGACCUAAAUGUGGAAAUUGUGGUAUUGACUUCCCAGCUGGUUUCUUUUUUUAAGCUUCUUGACUAUGAUUAUUAAAGACUCUUGCCCUCGGGUGGAAUUGCUCUAAUGUGCUUGUAUGUGGAAAGCAAGAUUUUAUUACGGGUUAGCUUUUGUUUGUUUCUCUGUCAUUGGGACUCCAAAAAUGAACGCAGGAGACUGCAAACCUGUUCUGAUGGAAGGUCACUGACCUGAAACAUCGGCUCUCUUUCUUUCUCAGAUGUUGUCUGAUAUGCUCGGGUUAUUUUCCUUUCUGUUGAUAACUGUUUCCCUCUCUUGGAUGUGGCUAAGUAGAGUCAUUUGAUGACCUUAGCACAUCACUAACUGCUUUACAACCAAUAAAAUAAUUUUCCGAAGUGUUAUUACUCUUUCAACACAGUCAACAUGUGAUUAAGUUUUCACAGGAAACUCCCACAAAGUGAUGCAACAAAACCUAUAUGGUACCUUUUUAAUACAAAAUAUCCUAAUAUGCAGCAUUAUUACUUUUUUCUGGACAGAAGAAGGAAGCACAUUAGAGCAAAUUAUAUGAGAACAGCAAAUAUAUGUAUGAAGGCUUUAAGGGCCUAUCCCUAAAGUCUACUAUCAAUUCCAUUGUCCUAAGAGAAUUGAGCUCCAGGUUGUUACAAAGGCACCAGGACACCAGCGGUCAAGCAGUCAUUGUAUGCAAAGGAUAUGCAACAAAAUAGUAAACAUGACUACUUACAUUUACAUGACAUUGCAAUGGUUGCAAUACUGAAGGCAAAAGAUGAAUGUUUCCUACUGGGUUGUUUAGGUCGACAUAGUGGGCCUAAGGUGCUGUAUCUCUAACCUAAGCUAAAUAAAGAGAACGUGGAAACUGUACAGACAUCCAAACGUUAUGGUGCCCUGAAAUGGGGGGGACUAUGUAUAACCAAUGUUGUAAUUCCUACAAUGUGAAACCAAAAUGUAUUAAAAAGGCCUUUAUUAAAAUCUGACAAUGUGCACUUUAA